UGGCGCUUGUGAAAAAUGUUUUAUUUACUGGAGAGGCUCUAUUUUCCAUGUCUUAAUCAUUAUAGUUCGUUAUGUAGUAUAACAAUAAUUCAAUAAUUUAUUAUAAGCAACUAUUUUUAAGUAAUUUAUGAAAAUGUCAUCUGAAAGAAUGGAGUGGGUUGAAAUAAUUGAACCAAGAACUAAGGAACAUAUGUACGCAAAUCUGACAACGGGAGAAUGUGUUUGGGAUCCUCCAGAAGGUGUGAAUGUGAAACGAACAGAUAGUUCGCAGUGGUGGGAAUUGUUUGAUGUACAUACUAGUCGAUUUUAUUAUUACAAUGCCGCUUCACAAAGCACCGUGUGGCAUAGGCCUAUGAAUUGCGACAUCAUACCUCUUGCCAAGCUACAAACAUUGAAACAAAAUACUGAUCCUUGUGAAAAACAUGACAGCACAACACAUAAUUCAAAAGCCCUUUUACAGAUUUCUCAACGGGAUCAAAAAUGUAGCACCAGUGCUAUGAAGACAGAUGCUACAACAACUCGUUCAAGCGUUGAUUCGAAUUGUGAAAUGCUUACAAGUCCAUCAGGCUACAACAGAGAUCGUGUCACACCUGAUGGUACUCGUGCAAGUGGAUCUGAAAAAAGUUCACAUAGGUAUUGCAAACAUGGUCAUUCACAUGUUGGACAUUCAGGUCACAAACAUACAGAUAGCGGCAGAUCUAGUGAUUCCAGUUUAUCUAGUGCACAUGGCUAUAGGCGAUUACAAGAGUCUAGCCACUUACGUGUUUCAUCAGGGGCAUCAUCAUCACAAAGACAUCGUGGACAAUCAGAUACUGGCUAUAGAAUGCUACAAGAAAGUUCAAGUUCAAAUAAUUUACCCGCAUUUAAAUAUGAGCCUCUUAUCCACAGUGGACCACCACAUUCUGCAAGUACUCCACAACUCAAAAAGAAACAUGCCAGUGGUAGCUAUGUGCAAGGAAUAAACCAUAAGGAAUCUUAUAAAGACCAGUAUAAAAAUGCAAAUAUAGGUCCAAAUCAAAUGCCUUUGGCGCGAUCUGGUAGUUUCAUGUCUUCGAGAGUUGAUAACAGUGAUGAUUCAAUGCAUGAGAAAUAUUUUAAAUCUGUUGAAAAUACUCCUGUAAGCCGUAGAAGAAGCACAAAAACUUCCAACCAGAGUUCUAGUGAUUCUAGUCCACAUAGUCCUGAUCACAAUAAAAUUAAUAGGCAUGUACCCCACAUAGAAAAUCAAUUUGCAGCUAAAGGAGGAGAACAUAAAUGUAACCAGAUAACAAAACCAAACCGUCCUAGUCUAGUCAGUUCUAUAUCCCUUGCCACUGAAUCUCUGUGCCAACCUGUCAAGUCGAAUAUUAAUAGUAUAGACCGACUCAAUUAUGGGAUAGAUAAAUACAACAUUAAAUGUUCCAGUAAUAAACAUAAUUCAGAUGUUACCAGUAGGUACUUCCAUGACAAAAACAUUGAUAUUGAAAAUGUUGAAAAACAAUCGAAAUAUUUAGAUAAAUUUAACUUUGAUGAUAAAACUGGUGCUAAAACUUCAUAUUCUUUAGAUAGAGAUGCAUCAAGUUCUGAUGCUGAUUAUUUUAAAUAUUCUUCCAAUUCACGUAACAAAACAAAGUCUGAUGUAGAAACAUUUAGUAAGAUAAAGCAUAACUCAGCUCCUGAAGGUUAUAGACAGCAGAGUCAAAAAACUGCAUCAGAUAAUUAUUUGUCAAAAAUUAGUUCAGGACCAUAUCUCAGUAAACCAAAUUUAGAAAAGCACAACUUAGAAUACUCAAAAAGUGAUAAGAAAAAUAAGGAAAAAAAUACAAUACAAUCUAAACUUGAAUUAGAUGUUAAGGUAGAUGGAAGUAAACAGAAAUAUACCAUUGAGCAUGAUAAUGGUAAUAAUACAUCACCAUUGUACUCCAAUUGGGACUUAGAAAUGCAAGAACACUUAUUGCCUUUGCAACAUUAUAUAUUAGAGCAAGCUAAAUUAUCAGGUUAUUCAUACAGUGCGGGUGAUCCUUUAGAUAGUGACUCCUUACAUUCAGACAGUCAAUCAGAAGAAUCACUUAGUGGUCAUGAACCCGAUAAUGAAGAUUCAGAUCAUUCUGGCAGCAAUGAUGAUUAUUUAACACAUCACUACAGUUCUGCACAAGAUUAUGGUGCCCAUAGUGUUGCAUACUACAAUACUACUCUGCAAAUAUCAGAUUCCAAACAUGACGAUAAUUCAAGCAAACAACCUAUUUCCGAAAAUAAAUUGGAACCCGAGCUUACAAGGCUCUCAAUAGAUACAGAUUCUUUGGAUGCAGUAACUUUAUCUCAAGAACAAGCACUAUAUAGUCCUGUUCAAGCGCUUUCGAAACCAACAGCUAUUAAUAUUAGUUCAUUACCAGUAAAAGAGUGCGAUAUAGAACAAUUUGCUCAUGACAAUCUGAAUUUACAUGCAAAAGGCAUAUUCAGGAAAAAGUCAAGUGUUCGUGAUAUGUUGAGUUGGACAGGAAAUGCUAUAAGCAGACCGAUGUUGGCACUUUCUAGAGAUAAAAUAGCAAAGAAGGAUGCAAUUGAAUUAUUUAAACGUGUACAAAUUUAUAUGGGUGAUCGAAAAGCUAGGCCUGGUAUGACAUUAAAUUCGGUCGCAAUGGAAAUUAUUGCUACUGCUUUUGGUAAUCCAGCAUUACGAGAUGAAUUAUAUGUGCAAUUGUGCCGUCAAACUACAGAGAAUCCUCAGAGGGACUCCUUGCUUCGUGGUUGGGAAUUACUAGCCAUUUGUUUAUCUUUUAUACCCCCAUCAUCAACAUUUCAAGCUGCUUUACUUGGUUACAUGAAUAGGCAUAGAGAUCCAGCUUUUGCUACUAGUUUUCCAGAAGUUGGAAAGUGGCCCAUACAUGUUCAAGUAUCACAUUAUGCAACUGUUGCUUGUAAUAGGUUGGAAAGAAUUGGUUGUGCGGGUAAGAAACAAGCACGUAGAGCAUCAUCUGAUGAAAUUGAUCAGUCACGGUUACAAAUAUUUCACCCAUCAAUGUUCGGAAACACACUGGCUGAAGUUAUGGAGUUACAAAAGCUUAAAUUCCCUCACAAAAAAUUACCCUGGGUUCAAGUUGCUUUAUCUGAACAAGUUUUACGAUUGAAUGGCUUUCAAACAGAAGGUAUAUUCAGAGUAUCAGCUGAUGUAGAUGAAGUAAAUACGUUGAAAAGCAAAUUAGAUAAAUGGGAGUUACCAGAAUUAAGCAGUAGUAUGGAUGCCCAUGCUCCAGCAAGCUUACUAAAACUUUGGUACAGGGAAUUGUAUGAGCCUCUCAUACCUGAUGUUUUGUAUAAUGAAUGUGUCACUACUGAAACGCCACAACAUGCUAAUGAUAUAGUAAACAGAUUACCUGCAUUAAACCGAGUGGUUCUUAUAUAUUUGGUCCAUUUUUUGCAACUAUUCUCUCAACCUGAUGUUGUGGCAAGUACGAAAAUGGACUCAGCAAAUUUGGCCAUGGUGUUUGCUCCCAAUUGUUUGAGAUGCACAUCAUCUGAUCCUCGAAUAAUAUUAGAAAAUGCCAGAAAGGAAAUGGCUUUUAUGCGCAUGCUAAUACAGCAUUUGGAUACUAGUGAAGUUAAAGAUGUAACAUAAUUAGCACUCUUAUUAUUUAUUUAUAUACUAUUUUAUUGACAUCAAUAUACCAAAGAAUAUGACGUCAUAUUGCAACAUUUGCUCUCAAAUAAUAUUUACACUUAGUUAUGUAAGAAAAUGUUAAUGUAUCUGAUCGCUUUGUGAUAUAUUAAUCAAAU